AUGUCCCAAUCAGUUGUUUACAAACAUUAUCUUCGCGCGCUCUCGAAAUGGCCGAAAGAUGCUUUGCGACCCGAAUGUAGAUUCGAAGAUGUGAUGCAGAAGCGAAUUGAACGGAAAUUCAACCCUUCAAAGAAUGUGCCAGAUGGCAAGCCGGCGGGAGCAGUAACGAUAAAUGAGAAGGCGGAAAUGGAUCAAGUCAAUGCGAUAUAUUCUCUGAUCAACAAUAGGUAUACAAAGCAGUAUCCGUUGGGUUCUUCAUUCAUGAAACCAACAAGCAACCCAACACACUACAAGGACCUUGUAAGGGAAUUAGAGGAGGCGCCAAAUCGGUCCUGGUUUAGUAGUAUGUUGAAUAAGUGGAAGGGAUCGUUACGCUUAAGUUGA